UUCUCUUUCGCCCGGCGAGAUGAUGUUUGCUGUUCCCUCUAGUCACCCCUCCGAGUUCCGUGGUCGAGGCGAGCAAAGUAAGUUAGCUAGUAUUAGUGCGUAAAAGGGGGGAAAGCGGUUGCAGUGACAGUCAGGCAAGCAAUGGAGAAGCGUGAUGGGCGGCUCUCUGUUCUUCUGCAAGCCGCUCUGCUGGUGCUCAUGACAGCCUGUUGUGUGGAUGCUGGACGAACGGUUUGUUCCACGGCGUACGAGUUCUUCCACGACAGCGGAGCAACCCAUUGCAUCCACCAUUACGGCUGCCAGCUUGCUACCGAACGGCGCAGCUGGGAGGAGGCCCGUGCAGUGUGCCGUGCCCUCGGCACGACCUACGACCUGCUGAGUAUCCACGACGAUGACACGAACAACGGAACCAGGGAAGUCUUUUCCAAGUGCGGCCCGGUGGCGGCCGGCCAGAUGUUCUGGAUUGGCAUGAACUACACGAAUUCCAACUCAUCGUGGGCAGAUGGCUCCGAAUUGGACUACGCAAUGUGGGAUUCCUCGCCGCCGACCGGCAGCAACUCCUGCGUUGCAUUCGAUCCCGUUACCGCUGCAUGGACUGGACGGAAUUGCAACAUGACUUUCGGAUUCAUCUGCGCUGAAGUGUUACGAUUUCCCACCGCCACCAUUGAGCCUAUCAAUAACAUGACAUAUAACAUAUCGCAAGACACGAAGAGCUUCAGGAUGGUUUGUACAGUCAUUGGCAACCCAGCGCCCUCGCUGAUUUGGCUGCUGAAUGGCGACCCGGUGAUGGGAGGCAGACAGACGUUCACUGCUGGCACAGCAAUCGGCCAUACGCCCAUGAUCCACUCAACUCUUGAAAUAGCUCCUGUCAAGUACAAGGACGACGGUGACUAUACCUGUUUCGGGAGCUCAUCCUACAAUGCCACGGCUGUGUAUAAUGAAAUCCUAGCGCUCAACGUCCUCGUAAAACCUACUAUUGAAAGAACCACACUGAGAAACAUCACCAAAAUCAAGCAGGAUCAUGUUUCACUGGCAUUUCACAUCCAGUCCCCGGUCAACCCUGAUGUUACUCCAAACGGCGUGACGUGGACAGGACCUCGGGGAAAUAUUACCAACGAAACAGUGACAUUCUCCAAAAGCCACCGUACCAUAACGCUUGCUAGCGUGGAGCGGCGUGAUGCUGGCAGAUAUUUCGUUGAAGCAUUGAACAUUGAGGGAAACGACUCUCUGGAUUUCUUUCUCGAUGUUCACGUUUUGCCAGUGAUCUCAUACCCAAACAGCAGUGACGACCAGUUUGCUGUGAACGAGGGUGACUCGCUACAAAUCACUUGCCAUGCGUCCGCAUAUCCUGCAGUCAAUGCUACAUGGGUGCGUAAUGUUUUCCAGCGAGACGAGGCUCUGCCAUCCUUCGUUCAGGUGUCCGCCGAGGAGCCUAUUUACAGCAACCAGACUCUUCUCUUUCACCAGACCGCGACGCUGACGAUAUCCGCCGCAGAGUAUAAAACCCGCGGCACUUACUGGUGUGUAGCGGAAGCGCCGGUCGAUUCCACUGCGGACCAAGCCAACAUUUCUAUCAUUCUUCAUGUGAACAUGAAGCCAAUCUUCAUCAACCUGACUCCACUGAACCAGUCCAGUGUGGAGUUUGGCAACGCUACAUUUGAGUUCCGGUUUCAGCAGCCAGUAUACCCUUAUCCCGAUUUCUUCUGGUCCUUCAAUGGCACAAUGAUAUCAGUGGCGGAUUCUAACAGCACAAGUCUGACUGUCUACAACCUAACCCGCAACCACUCCGGUGUCUACAGUGUCAAUGCCACGAAUGAUGCUGGAGCCAAGCAGGUGGAUUUCAACUUGGCCGUUCACGCAAAACCGAGGAUAGUCAGCCCAAGCUCUGGAGAUCGGUUCAUUGUGAAUGAGACUAGCACACUGGUGAUCCCAUGCAAUUCCACUUCGUAUCCAUCUGCGAAUCUUACCUGGGUGCAUGGUUUCGGCGAGUCAGCGAGUCUUCCGGCCGGAGUGUCUACGGAUUUCUCCUACGUGUACGACGAGCUAGAUGGCCUAGUGCACACAGCGAGUCUGCUGAAUAUCAGCAAUGCACAGUACGAUCACCAUGGCAACUAUUCAUGCAGGUCGUACAUCAAUGGAACAACUGACUACCAUGACGACACGGUGGAUGUUUAUCUCACUGUACAAGUUCCUCCAACAAUCAUUGGCCAGAGCUCCACAGUCGAGGAACGAUUGGAGUUUGAAAACGUCACGUUUAACUACACUUUCCAGGAUCCUGUUAUUCCAUAUCCAACGUACGAGUGGUACUUCAACGGAACGUCUUAUCCUGCGUCGGACUCAGGAACAUCGCUGACUGUGACUAAACUACGACGGGAACAUGCUGGGACAUACACGGUUGUCGCCACGAAUGCAGCCGGCACUGGACAGUUUAAUUUUUCCCUGUCUGUUUACGUGCUACCCAUCAUCACUGUUCCGGACACUGACUACAAUGUCACUAUCAUUGAAGGCGUGGAUUACAAUUUUUCCUGUGAGGCCACAGCCUAUCCAACUCCACUCGUAUCAUGGAUGGACCCGCUGAACAAAACAUUCACUCACGAUUCGCCUGUCUUGCCGGCCCGCACCAGCUUCCAAGAGAGCAGUGACAAUUAUUCAGCAUCUGGUGGUCCGAUCCGGCAGAGAUCGCUACUCUUCAAAAGAGAGGAUUCUGAAGACACCGAUGAUGAUGGCCUGUACACAUGCGCUGCAGAGAUAGCCGUCCUUGGAAACACGUACUCCGUGCAGAGACACAUCCAGGUGUACAUUCUAGUCAAGCCGCAUCCCAUGGUGAAUCAAAGCAACUUCACAUUUAUGGAGAGCUCAGGCGUCCAGUUUGAAUUUUCAGUCGCUCAGCCAUUGCUAGCGGCGGAUAUUACAUGGCUGGAUACAAAUGGUACUACAAUCACCAACACCACAAGCGAUCGGCACAUACUCCAUGACGAUCGGCGAGCGAUGACUAUAUCGGAUCUCAGACGCAAGGAUGCCGGGGAGUACAAUGUAUCGGCAAGCAAUCCUGCCGGCACAGGGUACACAAGUUUCCUUCUUGAUGUUCAUGUUGAACCGACCAUAGUUAGCCCGCAGUCAGGCGCCGUGAUAGUUGUCAACGAAUCUGAACCUAUCGAUGUAGUGUGCCAGACAACGUCGUAUCCAGCUCCAACCACAAUCUGGCUGGACAACAAUGGCACACGUGUGUUAGGCGUCAGUGGAAAUCCUCACACCACCAACAACAGCUCCUACGUGGCUUCGAUCCUCCUGACUGCGGUCGAGCAUACUCUCCAUGUGACCAGGGCAACAUGGGAUCAGCGUGGCCACUACACAUGCUACUCGGAAAUAGCCACGCCAGGAUCAGCGAACACCAGUGUCAGCCUGUUCUUGGAUGUCCAAGUGAAACCAACUCUUCAAAUUCCAGUGACAAACUUCACAGUUUUCGAAGGAGAGAACGUUACUCUGCAAUUGACCAUCACAGAUCCUGUAAAUCCAGACAUCCACCCGGACAAUGUGACUUGGUAUGGCCCACACGGAGUGAUAGACGCGUCAAUCUCAUCAAAGCUCCAAUUCACGUUCUCUGACGAUAGGCAGAACAUGACCUUGUCGGGGCUGUCGCGUAACGACACCGGCAACUACACCGCAGUAGUGGUCAAUGCUGCUGGCUAUGGCAUGGCAUCUAUCUAUGUGGAUGUUCCAGUCCUUCCAGUGAUUACAAGCCCAUACAGUGGGCAGUUGUAUCGGGUCAACAACACCGACAGCAUAGAGCUGACCUGCACAUCCAGUUCCUACCCGGUUGCACUGCUCUCCUGGGUGGACAGCGAGAAUGCUACCCUACAAAACGGUUCUACAACCACGCUACUGCAAUCACUCCCCCUGGGCGUUGGAGCCCGGACGUCCACCGUCAGCCUCACCCUGGUCAUACGGAACGCGUCGCUGGCCCACAACGGGAACUACACGUGUCAGGCGGACAUACACACUCCACGCGGUGUGUACACGAGUGAAGUCCGGGCCGCUCUCCUUGUCUUAGUGAAACCAACAUUCUCAGUGACUAUAUCCAACUACACUCGUCUCGAGGCUCGGACCGUAGAAUUUUCUUUCCUUGUGGACUUUCCAGGAAACCUUCCUAUUGUGCCUAAUGAUAUUAUCUGGACUGCACCGCGUGGUGUGGUAGGUCCUGUUGGCACUGCACAUGAAUUCUCUGUGGAUCGCCAGAGUCUGACUCUGAACCGCCUGCAGAGGCUUGACUCUGGCCUGUACACAGCACAUGCUGGACAUGAGAAUGGCAUGGCCGUGGCUGAUUUCUACUUGGUGGUGAAUGUGCGACCCUUCAUCACAUGGCCUCUGAAGGACCAGCGGUAUGUUAUCGAAGAGGGCUCGGCUCUCUCGAUUUCCUGCAAUGCCACUGCCUUUCCUAAGGCCGAGCCCACAUGGGAAUAUGUCGGAAAUGGCUUGGUGGGCACGACUGGUGACGUAUAUGCUACAGAAAUGUCAACUUAUGAUUUGGCGAGGCAAGUAUUCGUGAUGUCGAAUGUGCUUAGCAUUCCAAGAGCCGACUAUGGCAUAAAAGGGACUUACCGGUGCCAGAUCACAAUAUCAGACCCGACAGGCGCGCACACAAAUGCUGUGAAUGUGGACAUUGAUGUGCAAGUUGGUCCCAAAUUCAAUCACUCGCAAACCGAGUACACUGUAUUGGAAGGUGAUACAUUCGACAUUGACUGCAUCACCUUUGCUAAUCCCAAGCCAUCCUACAACUGGACAGUAUCACCAGAAUUCCCAGCUACAAUGACAGAGUACGUAAGUGAGUCAAGCUCUGGUCCGUUUCACACAUCCAAGUAUCGUGUCACCAACGCUCCAAUCCAAGGUUACACACACGCCUACAAUCUAACCUGCGCUGUCAACAACUCCGUGUCAAGUAACAGCACAACCAUCUCGCUAAUAGUUCAUGCUGCUCCCCAGUACACCGGCUCUAUGACUGGGAUAUAUGUCACGAGCAAUGAGCACGAAGCCAAUGUUACCCUGGGCUGCACGUAUCGUGCAUUGCCAGAGCCAAACAUCACCUGGACCCAUGGCAUGCUUGUGAACACAUCGGGAAUUGUUGUGCAGCAGCCCAACGACACAGUUCCAUACACGUAUACGAGCACAUUGCAGAUCCCAACUGUGGUCAAGUCCGACGAAGGAAACUAUAACUGCACUGGUCGCAACGAGUACGGAACCGACGGCUACAGGCUGUACUUGAGAGUGCAAGCGCUUCCAAGGGCCAGUGCUCAAAGUCCCCAUGUCGAUGGUGUUCAAAACACAGCUGCGUCACUGAUAGUCAAUAUGCAGUAUGCCGGUGAUCCUGCAGUACCCUCCACCAACAUAACAUGGACAAGGGACAUCAACGGCUCAUGGGUGAGCCUGCCCGUUGCCAAUCAGACUCCAGAUCGUCUUAAUUACACCAUCACCAGCACAAACUACUCGGAUGCUGGUUUGUAUAGAGUUCAGCUGCAUAACACAGCAGGCGGUGUGAGCAUCAUCUUCAAUGUCACCUACACAGAACCAGCGUUGAUCCUCUCCCAGCCGUCGAGCAUCACACUGAAUGAAGGAGAAACGGCGACAUUCACCUGCACAGCCACUGGUGUGCCCAGACCAACCAUCACAUGGCAGCUGGAUGGAGUUAACAUUACCACAUCAUCGGACAUCUCCAUCGCAUCAACGGAGUACAAUGGUGCCUUGCUGCGGCCAGAAAGCUUUGGACUGUCUUCUACCCUGGUCAUUUCAGAUAUCACGUACAAUGGGCAUCAAGGCAAUUAUACUUGUGUAGCAUCCAAUAUAAUAGGCAAAUCCAACAGCCAAAUGGCAUCUUUGAUAAUUCACGUUCCGCCAGACGAAGAGAAUCCGCAAGCCAAUGUAGCCACUGCCGAAGGGGCUAGUGUUACGCUAGUGUGUGGGAUUGUUGGUAUUCCCUCACCUAGACUAACCUGGCUCUUCGAUGGACAGCAUAUUUUCAGCACAAUUGCUUAUUUCCAAGGUCGUAUCCAACUGUUAGACACCGGUCGUAAUAUGACGCUGAGCGACGUUCGGUUUUCUGACCGGGGUAUGUACCAGUGUGUUGGCGAUAACACGGACAGCAGUGGCGCUCUUGGUGGGUCUGCCAACGGCACGGAAAUCAAACUCAGUGUGUAUGUGUCCCCGGUAAUCAUCGACAGUCCCGGUAAUCUGACCGUGAAUGAAGGCAACGAUGCCAACCUCACCUGCUCGUCCUACGGAUACCCAAUGCCUAACAUAAGCUGGUGGUUUGACGGAAUACUACUGCCGUCACCUGACUCCCAACAGGUUUUCACCACCACCGAGUCAAUGUCUCAACCUGCAGUUGCGACCAGCAUGCUAUCAGUAUCGUCCAUUACAUUUGCUCAGCGAGGGGCAUACGAGUGCGUGAGUGAAGUCAGCAAGAUCGGAUUCAUGGACGCGGACAGCUUGAGUGGCGCCGUCACCUCCAGUGGGUAUCUAACAGUGCAAACUGUGCCGCAGCUGCAGGCCAUCACACCAGCUCUGGAUGUGAUGAUCAACGGCAGCAUCAAUGUCAGCUGUUCUUUUAGCGGCUUCCCUGCGCCCGACAUCACGGUUUCUGCUCCAGGAUAUUCACCGAGUGAGAUCUACAACCUUUCCAUGGUGGAGGUCAAUCAAGGCACGUUGUCCACCGGUAUGCCUUGGCGUCAGGCAACACUACUUAUAUUGGGAGCCAGACGGUCAGACAAUGGUUCAUAUACGUGUACAGCAGUGACACCAGCUGGAAACAAAACUCACGACACGUCUGUUACCGUCUACGAGGUGCCCGAUGCUCCCACCAACGUGACAAUUGUUCUAGAUGCACUCCAAGCGCACACCUCCCAUCUUGAGUGGGAUGAACCAGCAGCAAAUAACGCUCCCAUCACAAGCUAUGGAAUAGAGUUUGUGUACACUGAUUGCUAUGGAAACCGGACUGCAAAUUUCACGACCACUCUGGGCAGCCAGCAGAUUGCAACGUUUGAUCUUCUGCCGUAUCGGGAGUACGAGUUCCUAGUCCAAGCAACUAACCGCAUUGGCACUGGUUUGUUCAGUCCGCCGCAAAGUUUGCUAUCUCCCGAAGCAAGGCCCACUGCAGCGCCGUCAAACAUAUCGGUUGAUGUUAUCAGCUUUGACUCAGUCAAUAUCUCAUGGGCAGAGCUGGAUUGCCACAGCGAGAGAGGAAUCAUCCACACAUUCAUCAUUCUGUACAAGAAUAUUGAGAACAACACCGAUGACGUUUCUUAUGCCUCUGGAAACACAUCACUCACAGUUGUGUCUGGCCUGGAUGCAUUCACAAUGUACGAAUUUGAAGUGGCAGCAGAGAAUAAUGCAGGUAGAGGGCCAUUUAGUGCCCCAAUCCAGGCAAGAACUCUUACGAUCGGUAACUGGCUGCCGCCGGAAGCCCAUGCAGCCCAGAGUAGACUGAUCGGAGUGGAAAACCAAGAUGUACUUCUCUCAAUCAACCUGACCUUUCCUGGCCUGCCACCGCUAUCUACUAGUAAUAUCACUUGGAAUAAGAUUGAUAGGUCUGGGAACCUUACCAGUGAGACCGCUGUUAACUCCAGCAUCUCCUCGGAUGGCCUGACACUGAACAUUCAUAGGAUGCACUACACAGACGCUGGAAUGUACAUCGUCUAUCUGAGACAUUCUGCAGCCGUGCUCGAAAUCAAUUACACUGUACUCUAUGAAGAGCCUGCCCAUGUAGUCAGUGGACCUGACGGUCAACAUGUCAAUACGGGUGUCAACGUGACGCUUGCAUGCAUUGCACGCGGCAAUCCGGCACCAUCCCUUGCCUGGUUGUACAACGGCACCGCUCUGCCUGGGAGCAUGUCCAUUUUUGGACCCCACAGCGAGGCCAGUAUUACUGAUGAAGGCAGCAUGGCGAUCAAAUCUACUCUCGUUCUGCAUGGUGCGACCAUCGCAAGCAGCAAUGGCACCUACACGUGCACGGCUGAGAACAAACAUCUGCCGAGCGCGUCGGCAUCGGCAACCGUCAACAUUUACGUACCACCAUUGGAGCUGUCCGGACCAGAGAAUAGUAACAUUGUCAUCGGAUCAUCUGCUCACUUCGUAUGUGACAUGUAUGGAGUAGGCGAGCCACAGUUAACCUGGUAUUACAAUGACACUGUGAUGAUCACGAACCUGACAAGUCCAAGAUGGCAAUUGUCCAAUGGCGAUGCAAACCUGACAAUCUCCACCGCUGAACGCAGUGACAGCGGCAGCUUUCAUUGCGUUGCGGCGAACGGGAACAUCACCGCUGGUUACGGUGGACGGCUGGAGGGAUCAAAGGCUUUUCUGACCGUGGAAGUGCCGCUGAGUAUUUUGUCACCCAGCAGUGGCGAGAGCAUUGUGAUGAACAAAUCUGAUCCACUGGACGUGCAGUGUAUUGUGACAUCGUAUCCGCGUGCAAGCGUUGUCUGGUACCAUGGUAACGACUCGGCAAUACAAAUAAAUCCGAUUGGCCAGGUCGCAUCCACCUUGAACUCUUCCUAUGGCACUUCAUCACGUGUCUUCACCACCACCAACACCAUGACUAUUGCUAGUGUUCAUGAAAGCAACGCAGGUCACUACUACUGCUUGGCCACAAUGAAUACCAGUAUGGGAUACUAUCGAAGGCGAGUCAACACGACUUUGACCAUCCAAGUGGCUCCAUCCAUCACUAUUAUCUCAGGGCCCAUGCACCGGGAUAGACUGGCUGGUGAAAACACUACAUUCAGCUUCACUUACGACUAUCCUGCGUAUCCCAUGGCAACAGUGGAUUGGAGCCUACCGAGUCAAGCCUCAAGAUAUGAGUUUGGCAAUGAUAAGAUGGCCAUCACAAUAUUCAACGUGUCCCGAAGUGAUGCUGGCACAUAUGUUCUUACAGUCCACAAUGCUGCUGGUAGCACAUCUCUAUCACUCACGCUUGAAGUCUAUGUUCCACCAUCCAUUUCCUCUCCUGGAUCUGGUGAGGUGUUCAUGAUCAAGCCGUCGGCUGACCGAACAGUGUUCUGCAAUGCCACCUCCUAUCCACCGGUGUUACCCACAUGGGUUGACAGCAAUGGACGAGAAGUCAACUCGUCAUCGGUGUUUAUGCCAUCGACAAUGCCCACAUUCACCAGUGACACCAAACUCUACCAAUCAAGCCAGGCUCUUGUUUUCAGGAACUCUAGUCUCGCUCACAAUGGCCAAUACACAUGUCAAAUGCAAGUUUCAACCCCCAUCGGUGUGCUUUCCAAUACUGUGACGAUAAGCAUCGUUGUCGUUGUAAAACCAGUGUUCUCUGUCGCCAAAUCAAACUUCACACGACUUGAGGCACAAAGUGUUACGCUAUCUUUCAAUCUGGAUUUCCCUGGCAGCCCGCCGAUAACACCGGACCAGAUCACAUGGACGUCACCAGAUGGAAAUAUCCUCUCCGGCGGCAGCACAGUGGUGUUUUCAGCUGAUCGACAGAGCCUGACUAUCGACCGACUUCAGAGAUUGGAUUCCGGGAUGUACACAGCACACACCACUCACAUCCAUGGCAAUGCCACUGCAGCCUUCCUUCUCUCUGUUGUUGUGCGGCCUGUCAUAACUUCUCCUGACAGAGAUCAGAAGUACACAAUGGCGGAAGGCUCGGCACUGUCCCUGCCUUGCAAUGCCACUGCCUAUCCGCAAGCAAGACCCACCUGGGAGAAAGUGGGCGUAGGACGUGUCAAUCACACUGGUCAAGUGUAUGCCACAUCGCUCUCAAGUUACGAUGCAACACAGCAACUCUACCUGACGGCGAAUAUUCUGGUGAUUUCCGACGCUACAUUCUACAACAGCGGCAGAUACCGUUGCGAAAUUGCGAUAGUCGACGACACUGGCUCACAUUUCACUGCUGUUGAAGUGGACAUAGAUGUGCAAGCCGGUCCAAGGUUCAACCAGUCUCAACGUGAAUACACAGUUCUCGAAGGUGAAAUGCUUGACGUCGAAUGCAUCGCAUUCGCCAAUCCACGGCCAUUGUUUGUCUGGACUGUAUCACCGGGAUUUCCCGCUGCGAUGACUGGCCUGGCUAGUGACGUCACAGUCUUGCCAUACCAUACUUCUACGUAUAGUAUGAGCAAUGCUGCUGUGGACGGAUUGUUGAACAACUACACACUGACUUGCAACGUGAACAACUCCAUUGCCACAGCCAGCACUACAUUCACUGUCAUAGUGCAAAUCCCACCAGCGUACAUCAGCUCAAGAACUGGAAUAUACGUAACGUGCAAUGAACACCAAUACGUUACACUGAGUUGCACUUACCGUGGACUGCCCGCGCCAACCAGUUUCUGGCAACAUGCAUCGAAUGCUACGAACCCUUUAUUUACAGUCGUUGAACGAAACAGCACAUUUCCUAAUGUGUACACUAGUGCACAUGCCUUACCCAGUGUGAGAAAGUCGGACGACGGAAAUUACUCAUGUUUGUUCCGGAACGAUGCAGGGAAUGCUUCUCAGGAUCUGUUCCUCCGAGUGCAAGGAUCUGUUAAUGUCCAAGUACUCUUUGAAAAGCACCAAUGA